AAUAAAAUAAAAAAAACUUCUUCCUUCAUUACUUUAUUUCUCUUUCCUGUGUUAUUUUCAACUUCCUUCUUUACUUCCACGUUUUAAGGCAGACAGAACAACGUUGGUUCCUGAGAAUUUCCACAGUUUCUUGGUUCCCAAGAGGACUUGCAAUGACCCUAUGAAGUUGCGGCAAUGGGGUGGGAUCUCUGUAUGUGCUGCUGCUUCACUAGCACUUCUGACAUAUUUCCAAAGCAGAAUAAAUUGAAGUGGCAAAUCUUCCCCUAUGAGCUACUUAGGAAAGCCACAAAUUAUUUUGAUGAAGCUCACAUUCUUGAAAAGAAAGGCUCUGCCACUAUAUAUUAUGGAAAACUUAAGAAUGGUUGUGAGAUUACAGUCCAAUGCUUUAAUGAAAACAAGUACCACAUAUUGAAACAGUUCACCAAUGAAGCUGCAUUCCUAAAUUACAUGCCACACAAAAACCUAGUUACGAUUUAUGGUUAUGCCACUCAUCAAAAGGAAUCCAUGAUAGUACAUGAAUACCUGUCCAACGGGACUCUUGCUGCUCAUAUUCAAGGCCGAAUAUCAGAUAGCGGAACAUCAUUAACUUGGCUUAGCAGAUUAGAUAUUGCAAUCGAUAUAGCAAAUGCAUUGGAAUAUCUUCACUAUAACGGCAUUGUGCACCGUAAUGUAAAGUCUCACAAUAUUUUCCUUGAUAUAAAUUUUUGUGCUAAAGUUGGUAACUUACAUUUGUCAAAGAAACUUGAUAUUGGAGCAACCCGUGUUACAAGAGACUUAAUCGGAGCAAGUGGUUAUGUAGACCCAGAACUUGUGUCAAAAGGCUUACUGGGUGUCCAAAAUGAUGUUUAUAGCUUUGGGGUGGUAUUGUGUGAGCUUGUGUCAUCUAUGCUUGCAGAAUAUUAUAUUCAGAAUGAAGAAGAAUGUUUGGCAACCCUUCUACGCAAAAAAGUUGAAAACCAAGCUUUAGUAGAGCUGUUGGAUGUAAGACUUGGCUUCGAAUCAGACCUUAAGAUCAACAAGAUGAUGAGCGCUACGGCUGAGCUUGCAUUUUGGUGUCUGAAAUGUCCACAAGAAUUAAGGCCUAACAUGGAACAAGUGCUAGAGACUCUCCAUGGCAUAAAGCAAGGGAGAUAUGAGAUAAACUCGAUAAAAGCUUUCAAAAUCUUCCACCAUGCCGAACUUGAAGAAGCUACUAACAAGUUUGACACUUUUUUGGGAUCUGGAGGGUUCGGCAGAGUCUACUAUGGAAAACUUAAAGACGGUAGAGAGGUUGCAAUAAAACGCUUCCAUGAAGAGACAGAAAAAACCAUUCAGCAGUUCAUGAAAGAAAUUGAGAUCUUAAGUAACCUGCAUCAUCAAAAUCUGGUUUCACUUUAUGGUUGCAGUUCUCGUCAUAGCAACAAGUACAUGCUUGUGUACGAGUACAUCUCUAAUGGAACUCUUACACAACAUCUUCACGAAUCUUCAUGUAAUAAACUAUCAUGGCUUACUAGAUUGAAUAUUGCCAUUGAAACUGCGAACGCCUUGGUAUUUCUUCACGAUUCAGGUAUCAUCCAUCGUGACAUAAAAGGAAGCAAUAUUCUGCUGGAUGAAAAUUUUGCAGUUAAAGUUGCAGAUUUUGGUCUCUCGCGGUUUCUUCCUGACUAUGUGACUCAUGUUUCAACUCUUCCGGUGGGAACUCGUGCUUACAUUGAUCCAGAUUACUAUGAAACUGGAAGGGUCAGUGAGAAAAGUGAUGUCUAUAGCUUUGGAGUGAUCUUAUUCGAGCUUAUAUCUUCCAAACCAGCAAGUUUAAUGCAAGGCACCGAGCGUGUCGCUCUUGCCGAAUUUGCAUUGAGUAAAAUCUUAAACAAGGAAUUACAGCUGCUAGUGGACCAAAGUCUUCAAAUUUCUUUUAACAAAAAUGUAGUGGAAAUGAUAACAACGGUGACUGAGUUAGCAUUUCAGUGUGUGCAGUGUCCCAAGGAACUCAGGCCAACCAUGAAACAGGUGUUAGAGACUCUACAGGGCAUACGCAAAGGGAAAUGGGGCUUCAGCCAAAUAACAUAGGAGUCAUGUUUGGAUUAAUUCUUUGAAAUAGGUGCGCAGAUCCGAGGCUUUUUGUUAAGGUUUCUAUAGUUAUGUAAAUCACAAGUCAAUUGAUUGAUAUCUUAAAAUUAAGUCAUAGUAAAGUCCCUGGUUCUGAACAUAAUUCGGAAGGCCGAUCAUUCUCUUAUAGUAAUACGAUUUCUUUUAGUGGUUUUACCACAUUCGUUAUCGCUAUGAGCCACAUCAGGUCUAUAUAGCCAUCCUCACCAUAAGAAAAUAGUAAUGUAUAUUGGUAAUGUAGAUAUCAUGCACUACACUCAUCUAUUCUUUGAUGUUUACCACUUUGAGUCUGAAUAAUUAUAUCUCUUUUUGAUGUAGUAUCUAUAAUUCCUCAAUAAAAGCAACACUUCUGACAUAGUCGGUAGUAUAUA